GUCUGCUGUCAAGUGUCAAAAAUCGUCGCGAAAUUCGCGAAGCGCGCUCCGCGGUCCGCUCGGCGUGUUCGAACUGAUAAAACACUCGUGUUUUUUAAUAUCCAGUGAUAAUGGCAGAAACGGAAGAUAUAAAUAAGAAGGCUAAUGACAACCGGCUGAGACCUGCGAUCCGCAGUCACCAGCGAACCCCAUCAGGCUCUCGCGACUUCAAAGAGGCAACCAAACGAGAUGCCCUCGCACGUGUAGAAGUGGAACUAGAGAGGUUACUGGCAACAUUACUCGAGGCCCGCAGGCCGCUGGUCGUUAAGGAGUUCCAGGGGUUCAAAAAUCUCUUCAGCCGGUUCCUUGCUGAACAGGGCCCAUCAGUAACAUGGGAAAAGAUCGAGAAACUCCCAGAGGGCGCUGUCAUCGACUACGGCUCCCUCGAGACCCCAACCACAGACAACAUUCACCACAUGUUGGACAAGCUGGUGGUGGUCAAGUUAAAUGGUGGUCUUGGGACCUCUAUGGGUUGUAAGGGACCAAAGUCUGUAAUACAAGUCAGGAAUGAGUUGACCUUCCUGGAUUUGACUGUGCAGCAGAUUGAGCACCUGAACAAAACCUACAAAUGCAACGUACCCCUCGUCCUCAUGAACUCUUUCAACACCGACGAAGACACUCAGAAGGUCAUUCGCAAAUACAAGGGCUUAAAACUGGACAUACACACAUUCAACCAAUCUUGUCAUCCGCGUAUCAACCGGGAGUCUUUGCUGCCAGUGGCUAAGGAUGGUCUUGUACAUAAUGAUAUUGAAGCCUGGUACCCACCCGGUCACGGCGAUUUCUACGAGUCCUUCCAUAACUCCGGCCUUCUCCAGAAGUUCAUCAAAGAAGGCCGUACCUACUGCUUCAUCAGUAACAUUGACAAUUUGGGCGCCACUGUCGACCUCAACAUUCUAAACUUGCUCCUCAACCCGAAUCAACAGUCUAUCAACGAGUUCGUUAUGGAGGUCACCGACAAAACCAGAGCGGACGUCAAGGGAGGCACCCUCAUCCAAUACGAGGACAAAUUGCGCCUCCUCGAAAUCGCCCAAGUGCCCAAAGAGCACGUCGACGAUUUCAAAUCCGUCAGCCAGUUCAAAUUCUUCAACACCAACAACUUAUGGGCCAAACUCGACGCCAUACAAAGAGUGGUCGAACAAGGCUCUCUUAACAUGGAAAUUAUAGUCAAUAACAAGCAUUUAGGCGAUGGCAUAAACGUUAUUCAACUUGAAACCGCUGUAGGCGCUGCCAUGAAAUGCUUUGAAGGAGGAAUAGGCGUGAACGUACCUAGAUCUAGAUUUUUACCAGUCAAAAAGACGUCAGAUUUGCUGCUAGUCAUGUCUAACUUAUACAGUCUUUCGCAUGGUUCUUUAGUUAUGUCUGAGCAGAGGAUGUUCCCGUCUACGCCGCUUGUGAAGUUGGGAGACAACCAUUUCGCGAAAGUGAAGGAGUAUUUGAACAGGUUCGCGACGAUACCUGAUCUGAUUGAGUUGGAUCAUUUGACGGUGUCUGGGGAUGUUACUUUUGGAAGAGGAGUUUCUUUGAAGGGCACGGUGAUCAUAAUAGCGAACCACGGCGACCGUAUCGACAUACCAUCCGGAGCUGUUCUUGAGAACAAGAUCGUCUCUGGCAACCUUCGCAUCCUGGACCACUAACUUAUCGUACACACCUACUUUCCAAGACCAGAGACCAGUUAAUGAUAUAAACUGUAGGUAACUUACAAGCAUCGAUAUUUUGGAAAACAAAAUCAUCUGCAAUCUGCGCAUCCUAGACCAGUAAAUGUUCGUAUUUUUGCAACACUACUGACCAAAAGAAAAGUAAUAUGGAUUAUACUGUCAAGCCUUAAAGUACGUCUAGAUAUGUGCCAUUUUCAACCAAAAGGGUACUUAUUGUCCGCUUGUCAGUAAGGCGCUAUUUCCAUAUAACUUUAAUUAGAAAUCAACCUUAUCGACAAGCGACAAUGUGGUACCUUUUGAUAGAAAACGUCACAUAUGGCGAAUGUACUGUGAACACCUCACCAAGGUUCAAUAAUUGCUUGCAUUAAAACGAUAUGAAGCGCGGCUGCAGUGCGCGAACGAUUUUCGAAUAGCGUUAGCGGCAUAUUCGUUAGAUCUGGACGCACUUUUAACUUUUUCGACCUUUUUUUAUAACGCUAGUACAUACUUAAAGCUUAUGUAAUGCAAGUAAGGAUAAUACCGUGUGUUAUUUCAAACAUUUGUUAUAAUAAUUUUAAAUUGUUGUAUGUUUUAACUGAAUAAGAACUUUGUUAUACAAUAUUCAUUUGGGGCGUUACAUUUGCUUCCAAAUGUGGUAUAUAUAUGUUUUUUUAGUCUCGACAGUAUGUAAACACGGUCUUAUCUCUUGUAGUAAUAUAUUCCACAUAACUAUUAAUGUGUUAGAAAUUAUUUAAUAUGUUUAAAUACGAUAUACUUCAUGUUUACAACUAGUCUACCUAUAGGUGGGUGAAUCAACUUUUUCUUGUCACUCGUUGCCAUGGUUACGUUCUCCUGGGUCACUCUUAAAACCCCGAUUUUAUGGUAAUUAAAAUAACCAAACAUGUAUUUAUAAAUAUAAGGCCUUUCCACUGAGCUACCACUAAUAAGCACGUUUGUGGAUCGUCAUACAACAUUCCGUCUAACAAACUGUGUCCCCUGGCUGACGGGACACAAUAACAACAAGAAAUAGUUGAUUCACCCAGGUAAC